AUGAUUUUAAUCACUUUUAUCAGUGUGUUUCUCCCUGUGUUUGAUGUGUAUGUGGCAUAUUCAGGAUUCAAUGACAUAUAUGCGAAAAUUACCUUAAUUGAAAAUACGAAUGAAGACAACAAAAAGCUCAAUGACAUUUUUGAAAAUGCUUGUGGCAAAUAUUAUGAAAUAGAUCGUAUAUCGCUUAAUCAAAAAUAUCAUUUGCCUCCCCACGCUGUUAUACACUUCGCUGUCCCUGGUUCUUAUAAUUACAAUCAUGAUAUGGUCAAAGAUAAUUUCGUGUACGCCAGCAGUUUUACCGAUCCAAAUAAGAUAAAUUGCACCAAGAAUUCCGACAAUGAAGUUUAUUGCAACGAAACUGCUAAUCUUGUGAACAUUCGUCUAACACAGCUUGAUGACGGGUCUGUGUUCAACUUCGUUCAGAGCUUCCAGCUAGAUCGCAUUCAUUCUCUCACUGAGGAAAGAUGCAGACCACGCAUCAAGAGCAUUGACAAUUUGAACACUGUUAUUAUUUGUCAGACAUUGAAGACAAACUUUAUGACUCUCAAAAAUAACUAUAACAAAUUUGAUAUUAAUAUAAUUCAAACGGAUGACAAUUCCUGUGAUGAAACUAUCAAAGAUAACCAACAUCGCCUCCUUGCGAUACUGAGAGCUGAACCUACAGUUGAUACACUAAUACCAACUGUGUUAUUGAGGACUUCCUAUAUAUCCUCUGAGGAUAGAACAGGUUUGCCAAAUUCCAUGAACUUAGUUCCUUGGCAAUUAUUAAAGUUUGGAGUUUUGAAGUUCAUACAAAAUGUUGGUUGGCAAAGAGUGGUAGUAGUGUCUGAUGACUCCCAGUUUAGCGUCGAUUUUGAAAAAGAGUUGACGGAUUUAUUGCACAAGAAAAAAAUUGUGUACGCUUCUGUUCGGUGUGAUAGUGCCGAGUGCAGUUUAGGAAGCCUAACAGGAAAAUUGAGAAAAGCCUCACCAAUGAUAGUCAUCGUUAAUAUGGAGAAGGGUAAUGAUAUAUUUGAAUUAAUAACCAAAACGAGGCACCCUAAAACCAGUCACUCUAAAACCACGUGGAUUUUAAGGGAUAUGAAAGACACAGAGUUGAAUCUAUUGAAUGAACAGAUAUCACAAUUAUCACAAAAGAUAAACGUGUUCUCAGUCUGUUUGCGUUCGCAUAACUCUAACGACUACAACUGUGAUAAUAUGGAUAAUGAUAUCAGAAAUGGUGUUGCAAUCAUCGCUGACGCCUAUAUUAAUCGACACCACAUCAAUAGUUUUACUGACAAAACGAAGAAAAAUGUAUUUUACAGAUUAUUCUGGGAAAAGAUGAAUGAAGUAAAAAGAAACGAUGCUUUUGUGUGUGUCAAGAGAGUAUCACCAAACCAUAAAUUGGUAUCAACAAUGUACGUUAACGUUAGCGGAGCUGUAGUGCAUAGUUUUAAACAACCUUUCAAGAAUGUCCCAAAAGACUCGCCAUUUUGCCUGGCCUAUAGUUACAAAUAUUUCAGUCCCUGCGAUUACGUAAGGCCUUUAAUCUUCUUGUUUGUGGUUAUUAUGUUUCUCAUGACUGUCUGUUGGCUUACAUGUUUCUUUGAUAAAACCACACCUCUGAACCGAAAUAAUUAUUAUAGACAUUUUGAUUAA